CCCCGUACAGCUUCCAGGAGACGCUGUGGAGCAGAAAAACUCAGACUGCUCCAGAUUACUCUCCAGGUGGACCAAGUGUUCUUUCUGAUUCUGCAGCCUUAUUAGAUAACUCCAUUGUACCUAUACAUACUUCUAGAAGAGAAAGAUCUCCUCAGAAGGGCCUAAUGGCUUCGCUUCCUGUCCUACAAGAAGAGACGUGGUUCCGAAAGGGAUUCUGGAGCUACCGAAUCCCAGCCCUGCUCUACAUGCCGCAGUCCUGCAUGAUCCUGGCAUUCGCCGAGGAGCGGGAGGAUGAGGUGGAUGAACAUGCCAAGCUGAUAGUAAUGCGCAGAGGUACAUAUGAUGGGACUACCCACCAUGUUCAGUGGAUCAAAAUGGAGACCAUUGUCAAUGCUCAGCUGGAGGGCCACCGCUCCAUGAACCCAUGUCUUGUGUACAAUGAAGUCACUGGGAACCUCAUUCUAUUCUUUAUAGCUGUCCCGGGAAAGGUCUCUGAAAACCACCAGAUCAAGACAAAGACCAGCUUGGUCCAUCCGUGCCAGGUCACCAGCACUGAUAAUGGAUGCUCCUGGAGCCCUGCGAAGGAUCUCACUGAGACUGUCAUUGGCACAGCACACAAGGACUGGGCCACCUUUGCGGUGGGACCAGGCCACGGUUUACAGUUGCUUAAUGAGGCUCGGAGUCUUGUGAUUCCAGCCUACGCCUAUCGAAUACUUGACCCUGGGGAAAAACCCUCCCCACAUGCCUUCUGCUUUGUUAGUUCUGACCAUGGAAAGACCUGGGCAAUGGGGAACUUUGUGGCAAAGGAGCAUGCUGUGGAGUGCCAGGUAGCUGGAGUGCACAGCCGAGGAGAAAGGGUGGUGUAUUGUAAUGCUAGAAGCAGCCAGGGAGCCAGAGUCCAGGCUGUGAGCUACAACCAUGGGAUGGAUUUUGACAGUGGUCAGCGGAUUGAGAAGCUGGUAGAACCUCCCCAUGGCUGCCAUGGGAGUGUUAUUGGCUUCCCAAGUCCUGCUAACGUGAAGUCAGGGUGUCAGGACACCUGGGUGCUCUACUCUCACCCCCACAGACCCAGCUGGCGGAGAAAUUUAGGAGUGUACCUCAACAAGUGUCCCUUAGAUCUAGCGUGCUGGAUAGGACCCACUCUCAUCUUCAAGGGCUUGUGUGCUUAUUCGGAUCUGCAGCACAUGGAGCGAGGCCCUGAUGGCUCCCCACUGUUCUGCUGUCUGUUUGAGUUUGGCACCAGCUCACAAUACAAAGAGAUCAUCUUCCUUAUGUUCACUUUGAAACAAGCCUUUCCAUCCGAGUGCGGAGCUGCAGUGGACAGGCCCAUUCAGUGUCCAUCUGAGAACCACCUUACCUGACACUUCACUGCCAUGUCUUACCUGUCAGCAAAUGG